AUGUGGGAUGAGGAACGCGAACAUCUGGAUAUCAUGGAAAAGCUAGCAGCUAAGCAUAAUGUUCCGCAUACUGCAUUUUCGCCCAUUUUCGCUGCAGCCGCCUAUGCGUUGGGCAUCGGUACUGCACUUCUUGGCAAAGAAGGAGCAAUGGCUUGCACUGUUGCCGUUGAAGAAGUCCAUAAAGAUCUUUUGGAGACACUAACUAAACUUCGUGACGAUGAGCUGCAUCACUAUGAUACCGGAGUUCAAUAUGACGGCAUGAAGGCACCGAUGUAUAAUGCACUGAAAUGGGUGAUUCAGACUGGUUGCAAAGGCGCUAUUUCCAUUGCUGAAAGGAUCUAG